GGAUAUCAAUCAAAGAUGGAGGAUUCUUAAACGAAGAAAAAGCAAAACGAUUUAGAUGUUUCUUCUAAAUGUACGAUUUCAAACGUAAUUCUUUGCCAGUCAAGCGGUUAUGGUUAGAGCGAUGUCUAAAUUAUAUGAAGAUGGCAAAUAAACAGCCAAAUCCAAAGAAGUCAGCAGAUGAUCUACACAACAAUGUGAUAACCCAAAAAGUUACUGUGGUACAAAAUGGUAAUUCAGAUGAAACAGAUCACGUCAAUGGUCUCACAGAGUUAGCAACAGAUGAUGUAGAGAAUGAUUUUCAUCAACUGUCAAUAGAUGAGGAAGAUAAAGAGAUUCAUUUUAAUCCAAAUCAGAAUGGUGUCUGCUUAUUACAGCAUAAUCAUGGAGAAACUAGUUCUGGUGCUAUUCCUAAAUGUCCCAUUUUCCGAAAAUUAAAGAAACAAUAUUCAGGAGAUAAGCAUAAAGACAAGCCAUGUAUUGUAAAUGGCUCCUGUGAUUCAGUUCCUAAACCGAGUAAAAAGUAUAAAAAACAUAAUUCGGCUUGCUGUGAUAUUUUUUGUAGCCAUUCAUAUAAUACUAAUUUAAAUGAUGAAGAUGGCAUGUUUUCUGUGUAUGGCCUCAAAGACAAAAGCCCAGGGUGGAAUGAUGUUAAUGGGGGUGGUAUCGAUGGUUUCAUAAAUCCUAAUAUGCAAACCAGUCAGGAAGCUGACAAUGGGUUGGAGAGAAAUUGUUUUUUUGAAUCAGAGCAUGUUAAUGUUCACGAAGUUCUCGAAGUAGAAGAGAACUUGGAGCAGUUAACUAACGGUGGGAUUUCACAUGAUAUUUCUGAUGGUGGGUUGUCUGAAAUGAUAGAUGAAGGAGCAGUUUGUGAUUUUGAUCGUUUACAGCAUCUAGAAUAUGAGGAGAUGUAUGAGGUAGAUAAUUUAGAGAUUGAAGAUGAUCAUAAUUUUGAUGAACUUGAGUCCCCAGAUUUAUUUCCCUAUUUAUCAGUUGAUAGAUGCAAAUCAACAUCAAACAUUUGUCAUCCACAGUUGAAUAGUCCGAGACAUAAUUCUUUCUCUAAUCAAUUUGUUCAGCAUAACAAUGAUGGAAUCGGAGCAGCAGCUCAAUCAGUAAGUGUGCACUGUUAUAGAACUGUUCGAUGUGAUGACCAUGUGAUACAAGAUUCAAACACAGAAGAUAAUGGUGAUUUUAUAGACACUGAUCUUCCUUCUAAAGCUAGCGGACCUAAUUCAUCAGAAUCUUUGUCUGGAAGUGAUGAUGAAAUAACGCAAGAUACUUUUGAUAAUAUUGCGCCUGAUCCGAGAAAUGAUUUAUCUAGCAAUGGUCCAUCAUAUAGUUUUGUUAACACACGAGGUGGCUGCUCACCACCAUUUGAUGCAAAGGAAAAUUGUUUAGUUGCAAACAGGGGAAGUAACUUUGACAAAAAUAAAGAUGGAAGUCUAUACCCCUCAGAUAAAUUACAUUUAAUAGGCCAUGAUGAAUCUGACAACAGCAGUGAAAGUGAAAAUGACGACAAUGUGGACGAAGGUUUAUUUGAACCUUGUGUUCUACGCUAUGAUGAAUUUUUGUCUUCAGAACAAUUCAUGGCUUCAUCAAAUCAUCCAAGAGACGCUGUAGGACAUUCGCGAAGUGCAUGUUUUGAUGAGCAAAUAGACGAUCAUGGUAUGAAUGCCAGCGGUGGAGCGUUUUUCUGUGAAAAGGUGUCUAAUUCCCUCAUGCAUCCGGGGUGUCGUUGCCCUGUUGUAAAUAGUUCUUGUACAGCCCAGUCAAAUGCAAAUAUUGUUAAAAAUAGUGGUAGUGAAAACUCAAACUUACAAAAUGACGAAAGUAAUAAGAAACAGAAAAUAUUUAAUAAAUUUCCAAUCUUAUCGAGUCGACAAUCGUGUGGCAGUCAGACACCAUGUAAUUGUAAUAAAUUGUCUUGUGAUAAAGAACCUAACUUACCACAUGUGUCCAUUGAAAGUUCGGACAUGUCUUCCUAUACACAACAGUCACCUCAUGUGUCACUAGCUUCUAAUUGUGAACACAUGCCUGUUACAUCUGAAUGUGGUGUAUCAGAACCUAUUUAUGAAGAUAUUAAUGAAGGUACAUGUAGUGAACAGAGUGAAGAUAAUAGUAAAAUGGGAGCAAGUGGAGGUUUUACAGAAAAAUAUAAAAAAAACAUAGACUCAGAACCAAAGCCGAUUCAGCCACCAUUAAGUCGCCAGAGAGAAAGAAAGACAAGUAGUGGUAGUACUAGUAGUAGAGGUCAUGUAGAGAAGGUUAUGAUAUGGAGUGAAUAUGAAGCCUAUAUUCAACAAGUCAAACAAAUAGGUUUAUCAGCUUGUGGACCAACAGCUGUUAUCAAUGUUCUUAAAGCCUUAGAUAUGAAUAUUGAUAAGGAAGAAGUAAGUCGUGUUAUAAGAGCUAAGUUAAGAAUGGAAGAUGCACCAAUACCACUUUAUUUAUUCUCUAGAGCUGUAGCAGGAACUGAAGCUACUGAUCUAUUACAAGGUGUAGAAACAUUAACUAGAGGUAAACUUAGAGGCAGGUUUUUUAAAUUCUGGCCUGCAAGAGAUGUACAUCUAGUAAAAUGGUUAGGUCACUGGAUGAAAAAAGGAGCAGUACCAUUAGCAACAUUAAAUCUACAGAGAGGUGUUGGUAACAAUCAGCCUAUACCAGAUGCUUGGCAUCAUCAAAUGGUUUAUGGUGUUAGUUCUAAAGAUAUAUAUUUAACUAAUCCACAAGAGAAAGUAAGAGAGGAGAUCAUUAUGGAACAGUUAACCAGUGAUUCUGUUCUACUAAUCAGUAGACAAGAUAUUGUACAACGAUUUCAUGAAGAUUCAGAUAUAGAUUUACGACAGUUACUUACACAGUCAGAUGAAAGAUGGUGUACAAUGAAUGUUUUAGGUCAAGUAGUGAAUGUAUUGCGAGAAGCAGGUCUGGCCAAUAAUCCUGGUUAUAGAACACAAUUAACAUCACAUAUUUCUAUACCAGCUGUAUAUGAAACUGGUAUUACAUUGUUUGUACAAUCCAAUACAGAGACCUGGUAUGAGCUCAAGUCGGUAGAUGAACUGCCAUUAAGAGAAGGAAGCUAGUCAAGUUGUAUACUUAUGAACAUAAUACAGUUAAUUAUCAACUAUCCAAGUGGUUUUAAGGAUGUUCAGUUUACAAAGUGCUAUUGUGGGAUGUUUUUCAAGACAUGAGGGAGAUUUAUUUUUUUGCUACAGAACUUUGCUGCCCCGUUACAUCAUAGCCAUUCUUGUAUAAAUGCUUGUCAUUUGUUGUUGAAUUUUGUAAAUUAUUUUUCUCUAAUAUUAAUUAUAAAUAAACCCUGGAUGCUUAUUUAUAACAGUGAUAUUUGUUUUAUCUAACAGUGUUAGCCAUAUUUGUUGUGGAGCAAUGCAAUUAUAGGUUGAACACAAAAACACAAUUUGAAAUAUAAAUACUAUCAGAAAUGUAUUAUAAUCAAGAUGUUAACCUUUACAAUAUUUAAAAUGUUUUAAACAUUACUUAAAUAUAAAUUAAGCAUAAGUAGUGUUGGAAAAUUCAAACUGAGGUUGAUGUCGGUGAGAAUAGAUCUAUGCGCUAACUUGAAUGAAAGUACAAGUCAUUGCUUAAAAGGUUAAGUCAUAGGAUUAUCAAACAACUUUUGUGUUUACUUGAUUUUAACUAUAUAAAUCUGAACUUUUAUAAUUUAACUUUUUAUAUAGUCACAUUAAAAUGUGGUUGAUGUUGAUGUUGCCCCUGCCUGUCAUUCAGUUUUCCCAUUUCUUUUGAACACUCAAAAUAUAAUUUUACACAUGCUGUUUACAUGAGUGUGAUGAAGCCUUUCAGCAAUUUCUAGUAAUAACUUCCAGAGUUAUUGUCCAUGAUCACUUGUAAAAUCUUAGAAUACAUCAUUAUAUGUUUAAAUUUAUAGGCAUUAUUGCAUUAUUUAAAUAAGUGAUGAAAGAAGUUUACUCCAGAGUUACUAACUACUACCCUUGUUCACUUUAUAGAAUGUUGUGAGUCUGUUUGAAAUUUAAAUGCAUUUUUUUAAAUUAGUGAAAAAAAGGAGUAUUGGUUCAACAAUAUCCAUUGAUUAUUUCUAGACUUAUACCUCUUCUUCAUUUUGUAAUGUGACACCUUUUGUGGACUGCCCAGACAAUUUGGUUGCUGAUAUGUAUCAUUGCCUUGCAAUCUGUAUUUUCUGAAACUGUCAAAUAGAUUCUUGAAUAAAGUCAUGCGAACAUAUUUUAAUUGGGUAGUCACCUAAAUUUUAAAGAUCUCUUCAAUCAAGAAUUAAGUCAUCUAAACUUAUUUUAUCGAAUAGAAAUUUUAAGCAUAGAGAUAUGUUCCUUCUAGCAUAAAUAGUAUAUUUCUAAUAACCAAGAUAGGUUCCAUAGUAAAGCUAAGGCUCAUCCAUUCUUGUAUAAUACAUCAUGGAUUAAAAUUUAGAUUAUAAGAACUUUGUUUAAAAUGUCUGGAUAAAUAACAAGUUUUUGAUAAGAAAUAUAUUUUCCUGACUGUUAGAAUACAUUUUUUGGUUGAUGGAUAGGUAUUUACAUGUAGGAUCUGGAUUUAUGGAUAGGAUCUCAACUGAUGGUUUAUUACUGUUAGUCAAAUAAAUAUUUUAAUACUCAGAAUAAACUUGUCACCAGUCCAGAGAAUUGAAUGUAAAUAGUUGAUAUAUACUUUCAGAAUGUUAUAACUUACAUAGUACAUGUAUGAUUAACAAAGAAUUGACAAUUUAGAACAUUAGGACCUAUUUCUAAAAUAAUUAUUUUUUUUCAUUUGAUAAAUGAUUAACAUUUCAAAAUAAACUUUUUUGGGAAUAAAUAUAAUAUUUCAUUGAUUUAAGGUGUUGCAUUCUUUUGAGGUAUACCCAUUUUCAGAAUCCUAAGUUUCAUUGUCUUCUAAAUAUUUAAUUAAAGAGUAAUUGAUUAUUUUACUGGGGCCUAAUCCGCAACAAAUCAGCAACCUACAAAUUGUUGGUGGACUAAGUUUCAAAAAAAUACCCAAGGCAUGGCUAAAACAAAACUAAUUAAUGAUUGAUAAUUGUAUGUAUUGCCUAUAGGUAUCACCAAGGUCUUGGUUUAAAAAUGCAAUUAUAUACUAUUUUGCACUAAAAAAAUAUUCUAGGCCAGUUCAAAUGUCCAUUUAGUGAAAUAUUUGUCAUGGGUGCUCCCAAACUCUGAUUAAAUAAUGGAUGUUUAUUUCUGAAAUGAGGAAAUUACAUACUAAUAGGUGAAAAGGAACUGAUAAUAAUAAUUGUCAUCUGUUGUGUUAAGCUAUGGAUUAUGUCGGCUGUCUUAAUUUAACUUUUGUAUAUUAUAUAUAAUGACUGUUUAAGUUAACAGUUUGUAUUUUAAGAGAGGUCUAUGAAGUCUGGCAUGAUCUAAGUUUGUAAAAUAGUAAGCUCAUAUAUAUUACAAAAUAUACUGUAUUUAUCUCUUGUAUAUUAUUCAACUGUAUAAUAAAAUAUACAAAAAUUU